AUGUUCGACAUCACGGGCCCCGCCGCCGAGGCCGGCAUGUUCGGCUACGCCAAGGUGGGGCAGCUCACCUCGGGCAUCCACAUGCGACUGCGCGCUCGAGCCUUCGCCUUCCACGACCCCGAGUCCGGCAACCACUCGGCGUUUGUAUGCGCCGAGCUCGGCCUCGUGUCCGAGUGGGUCACGCAGACGGUCGUGGCGCGGCUCGAGACGCACCCGGAGCUGCCGCGGGGCGCGUACAGCCGCCAGAACGUCAUGAUCAGCGCCACCCACACGCACUGCUCGCCCGGCGGUCUGUCGCACUACUUCAUCUACAGCGUCCACCCGCCGCUGCACGGCGCCGACAGACAGAACUUCGAGUGUGUCGUCUCCGGCAUAGUGGAGGCGGUAGUGAGAGCGCACAGGAACCUCCAGCCAGCGGUGAUCAGAGUAGCCACAGGAAUCUGUCUUGGGGCAUCGGUGAACCGGUCCACAGACGCCUACAUGGCCAACCCAGAGCACGAACGAGCUCAGUAUGAGCACGACACGGACAAGACCAUGACGCUGUGGAGGUUCGACGCUCUGGACGGGUACCCCAUUGGGAUGAUCAACUGGUUCGCGGUGCAUCCCACGAGUAUGGGCAACUGGUACACGCUGAUCACGGGGGAUAAUAAAGGAUACGCGGCCUACGAGUUCGAGCGUGAGCAGGGCACUAAGCACUUGAUGGACCGCCCCAGAGCGUUCGUCGCGGCGUUCGCUCAGAGUAACGAAGGAGAUGUGAGCCCCAAUAUUUGUGGACCGAGGAACCCGUGCACGGAACACAAGGACUUUGAGCGGAUGGUGACAGUUGCGAAUGCGCAGCUUGACUGCGCCAGGAAAUUGUAUGCUGAAGCGUUGGAGACGCCCGCGAUUGCGGGUGGUAUCAAGUUCGCGCAUCAAUACGUGGAUUACUGCAGUAUUCAGCUCCAGAAACGCUGGCAAUUGAACGCCGAGUGCCCCACAUCAACGUCAUCAGGAUGUAUUGGGGUAUCGAUGGUCAGUGGCACUGAGUUCGACGGACGAGGCGUGCCUGCAGUCAAAGAAGGGAUCCGGUGGGGAACGUACCCGAAGUGGACAACGCUGCCGGAACUCCAGUCGCUGCAGAAGGAGAAGCCGAUCAUCUUCCCUACAGCGCGCUACGGCAUGUCCCCGAAAGUACUGCCGCUGCAAAUGUUUUCCAUCGCUGACUGCCUGCACAUCGCAGCAGUUCCGUUCGAGAUGACUACAAUGGCUGGGAGGCGCCUACGAGCUUCGUUGGCUUUAUCGCUUCACGAGUUGCUGCCUGGCAUCAAGAGCAUCCACGAGCCGGUGAUCGCUGGACUUAGUAACGCUUACUGCGGCUACAUGACAACGCGAGAGGAAUACGCCGUACAGAGAUACGAAGGUGCUUCAACACACUUCGGACCCAACCAGCUCGUUGCUACGUGUCAGCAAUUCGAAUUGCUCGCGACGGCCAUGCACGACAAGCCUUCAAACAACAUCAAGGGGAUGGGGGUGCUAGACUACAAUAUCCCAGUGAUUCACGACGGCGUGUUGGCUGGCGUGUCAUUUGGUACUGUGGUUGCUGGCUUUGAUGCCUUGAACGCGUAUGGAUGGGGAUCCACGGUGAAAGUGUGUUUCCACGCAGCUCACCCAAAGAAUAAUCUGCGAACUCAAGGCACAUUUUUAGAGGUGCAGCGGUGGAUGUCGGACAGCAGUCGCGGUGACUCUGGAGGGGUCUGGGUUAUCCAUGCCGACGACGGUGACACCAACACCACUUUCAAAUGGGAGCGACAGGGUACCUUCCGAUCCGUGGUAACCAUCGAGUGGCUCAUUCCUGAAACCACACCCAAGGGAAAAUAUCGUAUCAAAGUGAAUGGUGACUGCAAACACUUCGUCUGGAGAACCGUCACCCCGUAUUCGGGCGUGUCGUCGGCGUUCCAGGUUGUUGGUCCCGGUGCACCUGCCUAA